UCUUGACAGAUUUAACCUAAAAAAAAUAACAAAUUUGGCGAUAGUAAAUUUUUAGACUUAAUGUUCGUUGAUAGGUUUUAGGUUUUACUCACAAUAUUGUUCUUUAUUGAAAUGGAACCACAGUUCAUAGACCCUGUUCCAGAUAAAAAUCUACUAGAUUAUAAUUUUGAAGGCUAUAGAGUAUCUCUUAAAAACACCAAAAUUGAAUCAGUUGAACUCGUCAACCCAGUUCUGAUAGUACGACCAAACCGUAAAAGAUAUUCUCUCCUUCAUGCCCGAAUAUUCGAUCUACACAAUUAUAUAAUUGGAGACAGAUCAAACUCCUCUGAACAUAUUUAUUACAUCGAUAAAACCAGAAGUGUAAGAAAGGCAAAGUAUGAUGCAAUUAUCCGUAAAAUAGAAUUCUGUAAACUGUGGACUUUUCCUGAUCAAGAAGAAGUAAUAUGUAAAGAUAGCAAUACUUACAACCCUACUAUAAAAUUCGUUUCUGAUAAUUUAGCAAUUGCAAGCGAUGGUAUUAAAACCUUUUUCUUAUUAGAAACGGGUGAUAGAAAUUCCGGUGUUAAAUGGAAAACUCUUCACUCAGAAGAAUUGCUUCAAGGUAAAGGUUUUUUCAUUCAAGACGCUGUAUUGAAAGACCUAGAAUUGCAUGCUUUAUUAUGUAGUAUCGAACAUGGUCCCAAAAGAACAUAUCUUGCUGUCCAUUGGAUAACGCUGAUAAAUGAAAGCAAUAUUUGGAGACAAAAAUCUUUAAAAGAACUAACUGUCGAAGGUGAUUGUGGUUAUAUAUAUUUAGAGAGGAGUUGUGAAGCGAUUUAUGUUGCAAGUACCACUAGUUGUAAGUUUGUUUUUGAUUCUGAAAAUAUAAUAAUGGAUACAGGUGAUGAAAAAAGAGAUCACAUUACAAAGCUCGAUUUUAAAUGGAGUCAAGAUUCAAAGUACGUAGCAGUUCAUUUCUUAAUGCCAGAUGAUAUUAAAAAGGAAGAUGUAAAUGUUAAUUGCACAGGCUCUUAUAUCACAGUGCAACAUAAAAACACAAGACUUAUUGAUGGUGCCUUGUAUUCAGUUGUACAUUCGUACUUAACAACUAUGUCCGUUUCCAAGAAUUUGCUGGAACUCACUUUUGCAAAAGUUGAAGAAGGAGAUGAAUGGUCAAGCUUGCUCAGAGACUAUGACACGGGCCGACAAUAUGUUGGAGGUAUUGGAGAUAAUUUGGAUGAUUCGAGUGAUGACAUGGAUGACCUAGAGCAAGAAUUUGUAUUCAAUCGAGACCCAGUCGAACAAUGCGACUAUACAAACAGUGAACAUCAAAUUUUGGAGAGACUAUGUGCGACUUCUCAUAACAUAACUCAUAGGUGGAGUUUAGGUGUAAGUCCAGUUAUCAUUACUAUGGAACCGGAAGACAGAUAUCCUCCCAGCUUCGGAGUACAAUAUGAUGUCGAUGUUUGCAUCUGGCAACCUCGUUGUGAAUCCAACAGUAUUGAACUGAAACACAAUGCGACACUUCUCGCUUUAGGUUACAUUCAGUCUACAACAGAAAGAAAAAAGUUUAUGAGCUGUCCGUCAAACUAUGAAUUUACAGUAAUUUGUGAUAUGAGUAGGCACAUUUUCUUAUACCGCCAAGAUAGAAUUAUGGAAGCAAGUGAAUUGAUAAAUCGUAGAACAGGAGCUAGACCCAAAAGAGCUGAACAGAGAUCCCUAACCGCUUUAUCUGACGAUGUCCUCGGUGUAUAUGCUGUGCCUUUGGGGAUCUAUAUUCUAGGGGAAACGUAUUUGAUGUAUAUUGAAGCUUAAAGUUUGUGUAUUAUGUUUUUGUUUUUUUUUUUUUGAAAUUUAAAAAUGAAAUAAAGUUUACUAUUUAGCUAUAAAA